GGUACUGGCUGAGGCGGCCAAGCGGCUCCGGGACCAAGUAGGCGCGGGGGGCGGUGCCGGGUGGUUGCUUGUGGGAGGCAGCCACAGGUCAUGUGACCGGAAGGGCUCCUGACGGACGCCGUCCCUCCUCGGCUCGGCCUGAGCGCCCAGCCCGACCCCGGCGAUGGGGUGCUGCUACAGCAGCGAGAACGAGGACUCGGACCAGGACCGAGAAGAACGGAAGCUGCUGCUAGACCCUAGCAGCCCUCCAACCAAAGCCCUCAAUGGAGCUGAGCCCAACUAUCACAGCCUGCCUUCUGCUCGCACGGAUGAGCAGGCCUUGCUCUCCUCCAUCCUUGCCAAGACAGCCAGCAACAUCAUCGAUGUAUCUGCUGCAGACUCUCAGGGGAUGGAGCAGCAUGAAUACAUGGACCGGGCCAGGCAGUACAGCACCCGCUUGGCUGUGCUGAGCAGCAGCCUGACCCACUGGAAGAAGCUGCCACCGUUGCCGUCUCUCACCAGCCAGCCCCACCAAGUGCUGGCUAGCGAGCCCAUCCCUUUCUCUGAUUUGCAGCAGGUCUCCAGGAUAGCUGCUUACGCCUACAGUGCACUUUCUCAGAUCCGUGUGGAUGCAAAAGAGGAGCUGGUUGUACAGUUUGGGAUCCCGUGAAGAGAGGGGUCCUUGGACAGCUCUCCUCCUCUCUUCACCCUGUCUCAAUCCUGCCUCUCCUGGCCCCUAGCCUCACUGCGGCCUAUACAGUACCCUACCUAACCUGCUACUAAUCACAGAGAAAAAUGUGGAGGAGGAGAAGAGCAAGGCUGGCCUGAGCAAGUGAGGACGGAGCAUGGGAGGGUAGAACCAUUUGGGACUGGCUAUUGAAGCCCUGGCCAGGGGUGGGGUGGGGGCAAAAAUACAAGGCCUGGUAUGUCUUCAGUCAUUGGGAAAGUGGAGAUACCACUGGGGUGGGGAGGUGACUACCCGGUGACCUAGGAGGAUCCCUUUCCCACCCUUUCUCUUGGUCUCAGAUUCACUCCUGCCCCCCUCUCCCUGACUUGGUGCUCACAUGCACCUCACUAGGGUUUGUGACCAGGGUCUGGAUGAGCUUGAAUUUGAAUGAAUUGAGUUUGUAUUUCUAGCACCCUGGGUUUUUACAUGUUUUGUGUUUUUUCUUUUCGUUUUGGUUUGUCACCCUUGAUAAAGGAAGUAUAUUCAUC